CGGCGACGUCGAUCUCGAUCAGCCAAGGAAGAUGCUGAUCGGACAUGUCAGACUAGGACAGAGAAAGGAGUUUCCGUGCAGGGGAGGCGAACGUAAGGCGGCCGUUGGGGAGGUGGACGUAAGGCCGCCGCAGGGGAGGCGAUCGAUCGGGCAGAGAAAUAUUUCGAACGGACAAGGAGUUGGAGGGAAGAUUGACCAAAACCCUAAAAAUUUGCCAAUCUGAAGAUUGACAGAUACCCUAAACCUUCUGAUUCACUUUGCGAUGGUUGCUCGACAAGAAGACAGAGGCAAAGGUUGUUUGUCACGUUUGGCGAGCAAUAUGGGGGACAUGUGCGGCAACCAAUAAUAGAAUCAAGGAUCAGACAAAUAUUAUGUUUGAUUCAUUUGAUCCAGUCCAAAUAUCAUUUCCAUCAACUUUUUUUCAUUAAUCAUAAAAUUUAUGGAUUGAGAAAUUGGAUCACAU